UGGUAACACAAGUUAGCAAGAGAACAAUCGAAGAAAGGUUGAAGCAGAGAAAUGGCGUCGAAUGCAGCUGCGCCCUUUUGGAGAUCGGCAGGGAUGACUUACAUCACAUACUCAAACCUAUGUGCCAACCUGGUCAGGAACUGCCUUAAGGAGCCCUACAAAUCCGAAGCUCUGUCUCGGGAAAAGGUCCACUACACCAUCAGCAAAUGGGCUGAUGGCAAGCCUCAGAAACCCACAAUCCGUUCAGACACUCCGGAAGACUGAAAAUAAGGUUGAAUCUCAGGCAUUGUUUCUUCUCGAGUGUCUUUGUACUGCCUUGGCACUAGACAGAGUGCAUGUCUGCUGGAGGUUGAUUUGGGACAUUUUAUCUUUCAAUAAUAUAGCCAAUAGACUUUGAUCUUUUUCUGUUGGAUGCAGAUGAUAUAAUUUUUCUCUUGUUUAUGUUGAAUCUUAUUGUUUUGAAAUCCAAGUGAGUUGAUGAUCACAA